AUGUGCCGCAAUGGCUGGCGUCUUUGGACGGUCGUGCUUUUGCUACGGAGCGCUGUCGGAGCCGCUAAGCUCGCCGUAUUGAAGGUCCAGCAGCCUUCAGAUCUGUCUCAGUUCGUCGGGGUCUUCGGUGCCUUCGGUGGCGGCGCUCCCGAGGGAGAAUUAGACAUAGCAGUUCCUCCUGAAGAGGACAGCGUAGGCUGCUCAAGUUACCAGCUUCCGUCGUCAACGAGGAAAGUCAUAAGCCUUGUGCAACGAGGCAACUGCACUUUUGUGGACAAGGCACUGAAUGCGCAAGAAGCAGGUGCUGCUGGCAUUCUGGUGGCCUUUGACACAGACCAGGUUGCCGAAAUGGGCGGCUCGAAUAGUUCUUCGGAAGAUCAGAAGGUGCGGGUUUUUGCCGUGGCGAUCGGCAAGAGCAUGGGGGCCAAGAUCUCCGAGCACCUCAGGUCCUUCCCACCAGAUCCCGUCGUGGUCUCCGUGACUGCUUAUGAGCCUUCGGUCAUGAACUUGUCGGAAUUCAUUUUGAUCCUUAUCGCCACCGGUCUAGUCGCUGCCGGAACCGUCUUUUCCACAGCGGACAUGCGGCAGACCGGCUUCGGUUCGGCCAUCGCGCCGCAGGCCGAGGAAGUGCAAGAAGUUGACACCGUCAUGGCCGGCAGCUUCUGCAUCGUGGGAAGCGCAAUGCUCGUCUUCCUCUUUUUCUUCAUGAAAUACAUGAUCUAUGUUAUCAUGUUCAGCUUCUGUGUUGGUGGUGCCCUGUGUCUGGCACAGUUCAUCGCUAUGUCCCUGCAUCACUACGUUCCAAGACUGAAGCACCGGUUGUUUGACCUGCCUCAGAUGGGUCCAGUCACGGAGGCUGAAUGCAUUGCAGCAGUGCCGGCGGUGGCACUGGCCAUGUGUUGGUUCAUCUUGAGAAACACCGAGUACGGGUGGCCCUUCCAGGACAUCAUUGGAGCAGGGUUUCUCUGUUGGAUGCAGAGGACUUUGAGGUUGCCGAACCUCAAGACCGCGACCGUGCUCCUGACAGCGAUGUUCUUCUUCGACAUCUACUGGGUGUUCAUUUCAGUGCACCAGUUCAAGCAGAGCGUGAUGGUGAGCGUCGCCACCGGUGCUGGGACUGGAGAAUCGGUGCCCAUGCUGAUCAGGAUACCACAGUUUGGAGAUCCCCUGGGUGGCGAUCGAAUGCUCGGGUUUGGCGAUAUUGCCUUGCCGGGCCUUCUGGUCUCCUACCUGCGGAGGCAUGACCUCACGAGCCACCGAACCUUCUGGGAAGGCUACUUUGCGCCAUCUUUGUUGGGAUAUUUCUGCGGGCUUUGCGUCACCAUCGUGGCCUUGUCUAUCAUGAAGAUGGGUCAGCCCGCAUUGCUGUACCUGGUCCCUGGAACGCUGGGGACAACCGUCAUGCUUUCUCUUUGCAGAGGGGAACUGCAACUUCUUUGGGAUGGGCUGCCCGCAAGAGGCUCUCGUCGAUUGGAGGAGGGGGGCGGCAACACUGAUGUCCUUUGA